AUGAUGAUUGACACGGCGAUAUUCGAGACCUUGCAGUCGAAAAUCGACGAAGAGACCAAGAUCCGCGAUGAAAUUCAAGAAAUCGUCCAGGAGCUCUCUAAACGAGGCAGAGCUGUUCAGGCACUUCUAUCGCGGGCUCACUCCACGCCUCCGUCUCGAAUAACCCCCAUCCUCGACGAUGCAACAAGAGAGAUCUCAGCGCAGCGAGAGGAUAUCGUCAAGCUGGUGACCGUUGCUUCAAAGCAUCCGUUCUACAAAUACAAUCACCUCUGGACUAGAGAGCUGCAGAACUUGGUCUUCUCAAUCGAAUUUUGCAGUUGGCUUGGUGGCAUGAAGGGGAUUGCUGGUGAAAAUUCAAGCUUCAUGACCAUCGAAGACGUGGGGAAAUUCCUUGCUAUUCCUGUUAAUUUGAAGGACCAAGACGCCUUUCACCUUACCAUCGAGGAGUACCUGCAUGCUCUCAUUUCGCUCGUUGAGGAACUGUCGCGUCUUGCCGUCAACUCGGUCACACUUGGCGACUAUACCAGGCCUCUACAGAUCCAUACUUUUAUCUCCGACCUUCAUGCAGGCUUCCAGCUCCUUAAUCUCAAAAAUGACUCUCUGAGAAAGCGAAGCGAUGGAAUCAAGUAUAACGUCAAGAAAGUUGAGGACGUGGUGUAUGAUUUGUCUCUCCGUAACUUGAUUCCUAAAAAGGGGUCUGAAUAG